AUGAAUUUACCCCAAACUUCAACAUCAGAAUUCACAGAAGAAACGCCGAAUGAUGUGCCUCUGAUUCCUCUUGAACCAAACAUUCAAAUUAAAGAUUCAAGUGCUGAUACUGUUGACAUGCAACCUAUAUCAUAUAGAAUUCACAGCGGUCGCCCUGAUGGAAAUGCAUUAAACAGUUCAAGAGAACCUAAAUCGCAAGAACCAGUUAUUAACAAAAGUUGUUGUUGCAUUUUAUUAUAA